UCAUGCCCCAUGUGGAUUAACAGCUGCUCUGAGGACCCGAGCUGACCUGACUGUUCCUGGGAGAGUUUCUUGCCUCCAACCUCAUGCUGCUCUGCUCACUGCUUCUGGCCCUCGCUCCUGUGGGUGCCCAGUCUGACUGGCUGAGCAUCAGCGUGCCAAGCAGGGCCUAUGAAGGAGACAAGGUGACUAUAACGUGCUCCGGGGAAGACAAUGAUGCCAUAAAGGAGCUAGUGUACUACAAGAAUGGACAUCAAAUAUCUACUCACAACAGAGCCUCAGGCUACAUCAUUUCCAAUGCAAGAACCGGGGACAGUGGCCGGUAUUCCUGUAAGGCAAACAGGAAAUUUCUCUGGCUUCUGAGUAAGCAGGAAGAAACAGAAUCUGUAUGGCUCACUGUCCAAGAGCUGUUUCCAGUGCCCACACUGACAUUCAGCCCCUAUUGGCCUACAGAGGGACGCUCAUUGACCCUGUCUUGUGACACCAGGCUCCCCUCAGACAGGUCAUGGAUCUCUCUUCGCUACGACUUCAGCAGAGACUACAGCACACUAGGUUGGAGAGAGUGGUCAUCGAAGUUUGAAAUCUCGGCAAUACGCAAAGAAGACUCAGGAUAUUACUGGUGUGAGGCAAAGACAUCAUCCUACAGUGUCUCGAAGAAGAGUAGCAAAACUUACAUAAGCGUGCAGAGGAUCUCUGUGUCUGAAGUCUCCAUGGAGACCCACCCUCCAGGAGGCCAGGCAGUCGAAGGGAGGCUGAUCCUUGUCUGCUCUGUGGCUGAAGGCACCGGGGACAUCACAUUCUCCUGGUACAGGGAGGACACAAAGGAGAAUCUGGGGACAAAAAGUCAGCGCUCCCAGAGAGCAGAGCUGCAGAUCCCUGUGGUUCAGGAGAGCCAUGCCGGGGGUUACUACUGUACAGCUGACAACAGCUACGGCCCGGUUCAGAGCAAGGCAGUGCACAUCACUGUGAGAAUUCCAGCAUCAAGACCCCUUCUCACCAUCAGUGCUCCUCGGGCCCUGGCCUUUAUUGGUGACGUGGUGGAGCUCCACUGUGAAGACUGGAGGGCUUCUCCCCCCAUUGUGUACCAGUUCUAUCAUGGGGACAACAUUCUGGGGAACAUCUCAGCACCUGCUAGAGGAGGAACAUCCUUCAACUUCUCGGUGGCUGCAAACCAUUCUGGGAACUACUCCUGUAAGGCUGACAAUGGCUGGGGACUCAAAGCCAGUGAGGUGGUGACCCUUAACGUCACAGAGGCCCCACACAAAGUCCGUCUGAUGAAUGGUCGCCACCGCUGUGAAGGACGCGUGGAGGUGGAACAGGAAGGUCGCUGGGGCACUGUGUGUGACGAUGGCUGGGACAUAAAGGAUGUGGCUGUGGUGUGCCGGGAGCUGGGCUGCGGAGCAGCCAAGCACACCCCAGUGGCCCUGUUGUAUCCACCUGUGGCAGCAGAGGCCCUGCCUGUGCUCAUCCAGGUGGCCUUGUGCAAUGGGACCGAGGUGGCACUGGCGGAGUGUGAGCAGGUGGAGGCCUUCGACUGCGGACACAAUGAGGAUGCAGGGGCUGUGUGUGAAGAAUUCUAGCCUGGUACUUUCUGAAGACCUGGAGACUGGAAACCAGCGGGCCUCAGAUUUUCUUCUUUCAGGCCUUACAGACCUCAAUGGCCUCACAUCUCCCAGUGGACUUGAUGACUUUGUUUGGGACUCGCCCUCAGCAGGACUCUGACUCUGCCCUUCUGGACCAAAGUCUCACCCUGCUGCAUUAAAUUCAAAACCCGUCUCUCAAAGAGCACAGGACUGGGGAAAUUGUUCUCCCACAGUGACAUCUUGUGCAGACUUCCCCCAGUCUGCCUGGAGAUCCUGUGCUCUCUCCCCGGGCAACUGUAGCCGCUGGAGAUGGAGACAGAAAGGAAUGAACGGAGGUGAACUGGGCUGUAUAUCUGGUAGAAAUGCAGAUAUACACAACAGAUGAAAUAAAGGAAAAUUAUGGGUGUUCAGUUUCAUUUUUAAA